AUGUCUUCGUCGUCAAGAGCCCAGGAGGAAGGCAAGGGAUCCGAGUCGAUCGACCCCUUUCAGAUUGACGAGGAGGAAGCGCGCCAAGAGGGACAAGGAGAGACAAAAGGGGAGGCGGCAUCAGCUGCACCAGCACCAGCAGCACAGCCAACAGGGACUGAGGGGGCAGUCGAGACAACGGAUGCUUCAAGGGAGGAGCAGCUCAGGACUGCACAGCUGGGAGAGACCGGCGCAGAGUCGGGCGGUGCUGCCUACCUCGACGAGGGAGGCUGGGGUGGCGAGACGUCGGCGAUUCCAGCUCCAGUCUCGAGCGCAAAGCAGGGGCCAGCAUCGACGAUGACGGAGCGGGGUGCUCAGACGUCGUCGCUACAAUCGUCCGCCUUCCCUGACGCAGGCACUGCGCCCGAGAUCCCUGACGAGCCUGUUGCAAUCAUCGAUGCCCAAAAGACGUCGGAUGGUGUCGGUGCGGGGACCUUUAUCGCAUAUUUGAUUCGUUGCGGGUCGCUCUCGUCAAAGAGACGAUACAGCGAGUUUGCAUCGCUGCGGGACGCUCUCGUUGCCCUGCACCCGACCGUUAUUGUGCCCCCGAUUCCGCAGAAGCACAGCCUGAGCGACUAUGCCGCCAAGCAGUCUAGGGCCAAGGAGGACGCGACCAUCAUUGCACGGAGGAGGCGAAUGCUCCAGGUCUUCCUCAACAGGGUCAAGGACCACGAGAGACUGGGCAAGAGUGUCGUGUUCCGGCGCUUCCUCGAUGGACGGUGGAGCUGGCACGAGAUUACAAACAGCCCGCCGCUGUCGACGCUGCCCAAGUCGAACCUCCGAGCGCCUGCGCAGGACCCUUCGUCUCCGCACGCCUCGCCGGCCUAUCUCGCCCUCCCCAUCCCACCCAACAGCACUUCGACGCCCCUGAGGAACCCCAACCAGCGCUUCCUCGACAGCGAGGGCUUCACGGAGCGCUUCAAGAACCACAUCCAGACGAGCCUCGAUAAGACAAACCGGAGAGUGGUGCGGCGGUGGGGCGAGGCGGCGAGCGACUAUGCCGAGCUGGGUGCCGUGCUCAACGUCUUUAGCCUGAGCGAGAGUGGUCCGCUGGCCACAGCCAUUGAAAAGACGGGCUUGGCAGCCGAUUCAACGUUUAUGGCCAUUGGGAGCAUGCUUCAAGAAUGGGAGACUCUCUUCACGGAGCCACUCAACGAAUACUCGCAAUUUGGCUCAAUCUUACAGAAGCUCCUCAAGUGGCGCCACCUCAAGCACCUUCAGUUCGAGCUGGCCGAGGACGCGCUGGAAGCCAAACGGAUGCAGCUCGAGGAGCUGGAGCGAAUCGAGAUGGAGGCCAACCGGCUCAACUCUGCCCUCGAGAGCGGCGGACGCGGUCUCGUCGCUGACAAUCACACGGGCAUCGGCAACCAGACGCAGCCGGCGCUCGGCCGGGAUGGCGUCUGGGACAGCGUCAACAGCCGGAGCCAUACGAUGCGCAAGAGCUUGUAUGGCUCAGCGGCCGAGAACAACGAGCCAUCGCCACCAGCAUCGACGUCGAUGAGUCCUAACCAAAAGGCAGCAUCGACGCUGGGCGACAGCGAGGAGUGGACGGACCCCAGCGUGAAUGGAAGCCCGUCGAGCUCGAGGCCGCAGAGCCCGCCGACGGCGACCAAUGGCGGGAGUGCAUUCAGCGGUCCCAACAGCCGCAUCGGCAGCGCUUCUCAGAGCCGUGGAGGCGCGUUCGGCGCCGCGGCCAGCAGCCUGGGCCGCGGCUCGUUACAUGGACGCAGGGGCACGAGCAUGGGGGGCAGUGCCGGCGGUGCUCGCGGCUCUGGCGCAGCGGGCGGCGGGCUUGGGCAUGGAUCUGGAGGCGGCGGCAGCAGUGGCGGUGGCUUGCUCGGUGCGCUCAGCCAGACAUUCCACAGCGUCAUGGACGUCGAUCCCGAGGCGACUCGGCGGAACACCAUCUCCCGGCUCAAGGACCAGUGCGCCCAGCUGGAAGAAGCCCUCAAGCUCACUGCAGGCGAUCUCAAAUACGCCACCCAGGCCAUCCAGGCGGACCUGGACCGGUUCCAGCGGCAAAAGGUGGCCGAUUUUAGAGACAUGGCAUUGCAAUUUGCAAAGCUUCACCGCGAGUUCUGCAGGGUCAACCUCGAGAGCUGGAAAGAGGCAAAGGAGGAAAUCGACCGCAUCGAAGACGAUCAUGGCGUAGCUGUCGGCGCGGCCAACACGCGGCCGGACGCCAUGCCCGAGAGCAGCCUGGCGCGGGCCCAAGCAAAGAGGGGGGCCUGA